AUGUCUUGGCAUUCCCACAACAUGAAUCUCUCAAGCACCCAGGGACAAAAUCAGGAACCUCUCAAGGCAGCAACCAGUACAAUGGCUUCUAACACCGACAACAUAUCGGAAUACGCCGAGCCAGACCCUUUAUUCGAGGACCUGGAACAUUUCACCGCCGAUCAUUUACUUGACUUUCUUUUCCGAUACGGUCCAUCUGAUACCACAUCUCCAAACCCGGGCAACGCACCUUCAACCUUGAACUGGCAAACAGCCGUUGGAGAAAACAAUCCAGACAAUUCCCAACCAUACAAUGGUGGCAGCAAUCGUCCGAACAACGAUAGUAAAUCAACCACCUCCGAGUCUUCCUUGCUAUGCCCAUGGCCAGCCUGCGAGCAUCGCAAACCAUUCUCCAACAAGGCAACUUUAAAACGCCAUUACAAUACUCUGCAUGUUGCUCCGGGUUCGUUCGAGUGCGACAAGUGUUCUUCGGUCUUCAACCGGAAGGAUAACCUGAACCAGCAUCUGCAAUCUGUUCAUGAGGAGAAGAAGAGCUGA